AUGGUCAAAAAGAUGUGUAAAGCUUUAGGUAUGUUAAAUGUACUUGCUUCUCGUGCUUUUACAACAUCUAAUAUUCGGGCUUUGAGAUUCGGCUCGCAAAGAACUCAGCAAUCAGAUAUUUUUCAAGUUGGAGCUUUUUUGCCUGAAAAUAGUAAAAGUCAAAUUUAUCAAAAAGGGCAGUUAUUUGUUCAUAAAAUUUUUGCUUAUAGAGGAAUUAUCGUCAAGUCUACAAAUUGUGUUAUUUAUUCUAGAAGAAGUGUGAAUACACCACUUGAAGAAUCCUUUUAUUAUCAAGUUCUUAUUGAUAGUGACGAUUGGAACGAAAUGCAUUUUCCCUAUAAUUUGACUACAUGCCUCAAUUCUAUUGGAAAUAUGGAACAAAAAAAUAAAACAGAAUAUAACGGAAUGGAUAUAGUUGCACAUGAUGAAAUUCGGCCAUAUCAAAAUUUACAAAAUUUGGCUGAUGAAACGCCACCGAUUAAAAAUGAACAUAUUUAUCAAUGCUUUCCUACGCCAAAUUUGUUGGAGGAAGGUUUUGAAACGGAAACAUUUCAACAAGGAUUGGAAUUUAAUCAAUUACUUCCCCAAGCUGUCUACAAACAUUUGACAGAUUUAAAUGAAGUACAAGUUAUUCCUUUUUAUUUGGGAAUUAAUGGAAGGGAUGGACAAAAUUUUCAUCUUUGGCGUUGUCUUUUUCGAAUAAGAAAUUUGGGGAAGAAAGUGGUUAAACUUCAAGAUAUAAAAUUGGAUACGUCUACUUUAGAUGGUUAUUAUACAAGUUUGGAAGAAAGUUUAACUGAAAAUUUGGCAAAAAAAUUAACUCCAACAAAGUCAGUUACCCAAUUUGCCCUUCAUUUUGAAAUGCCAAUAAGAUGUGUAAAAGGAAAUACUUUAUGUGGUUAUUUUAUAGCUGAAGAUGAUCAAAAAAGAAAAAUUAAAUUAAUUAUUCCCUUAACGCCAUUAGACUCAAAUCAAAUUUAUAGUCAGGAACAAAUGGAGACUGUGAGUUUUUUUUAA